AUGUCUGAUGUGAUGACAAACACGGCAAGUGACGAUACAUUGAUUCGAGAUUCUCAAAUAAGUGGACUUAGUGCAUUUAAAGAACGUUUAGGUCUUUGUUGUUGUCGAUUAUUCAAAAAGAGUAAUACAUAUAAUGUAUCUUCUCUUUCAAAAGAUAACGAAGAAACUCAAGAUAAACCAUCUUAUGUUAAUCAAGCUUUUCAAAGAGAGAAACAAGCCAGAAAAGAUAAAUUAGAUAAAAUUGCAAAAACUUUACCUCCUCCAACACCAAAUGGAAUAUCGAAAGUUACAACACGUCCUUUAACGACUGUUACACAAGGAACACCACGUUCAACUUUAGGUUUGAAUCAACCAAAAUCAACAGUCAAUACACCAAAUUCGAAAAUCGGUAUUUCAACUGUAAAUAGACCAACAACAGUAUUAAAUCGAAAUAUUAAAAAUAAUAAUAAUAAACCUGAAGAAACAAGUACAGAUGAAACCAGCGAUGAUGAUGAUGACGAUGAAGAUCAAGAAGAGAAUUCAUCAUCAGAUGAUUCUGAUCGUAAAGCUCCGAAAAAGAAUAUUCCGAAUAAACGACGAUAA